UGUGUUGUGUAUAUACAUGUCAUCUUACCUAUGGCUGGGUGGCCAUCUGCUGGGAGGGAUCGGAUUGUGUCUCCAUGGCAGAAUGGGCCUGGACUGGAUGGCCCUUGGGAUUCCUUCCAACUCUGAAAAUGCUGUGAUUCUAUUGUGUGUAUGUCUAUUUUAUAUAUAUAUUAUAUAUUCAUUAAUUCAUUCAUAUCUGGCUGGGUGGCCAUCUGUCGGGAGGGAUCGGAUUGUGUCCCCAUGUCAGAAUGGUUUCCUUUUCCUUUCCCAUGCUAGUAAUAUAAAUAUACUUAUAGCAAUAGACUGAUAUAAACCCUAUCUAUGGCUGGGUGGCCAUCUGUCGGGAGGGAUCGGAUUGUAUCCUGAUGGCGGACUUGGGGCUGGGCUAGAUGACCUCUAGAUCCCCCUCUGGCUUUGUUUUGCGUGCCCUUUCCCCCAGUCUCUCUCUGUGUGUCCUCCUCCUCCUCCUCCUUGCCCUUUCCUCCACUUGGAUCCCGUCCCGUUGUCGUUGUUGUUGUUGUUGUUGUUGUUGUUCCAGAUGUGAAGGCCUUGAUGGUGGUGGUGAUGCUGGGAAGCAACACACAAAGGCGGCCUUUCUCUCUCUCUCUCUCUCCCAAGGCCAAGGCAAGCCAAUGAUGGUUCAUCCUAUUCCGUCGUCUAUUCUUAACUCAGUGACCUUUCGCACAGUAACCUCCAAAAGAAAGAAAGAAAGAAGGAGGGAACGAAACAGGAACAAAGGGAGGUCUAUGGACAGACACAUGGGGAACAAGACGGCCUUGAGCCCUCCUUCACUCCAAUGCAAGCCGAGCCAGAUAAAAAAAAAUAUUAUAUAUUAUUGAGCAAUUAUUAUAUUAUAUCUAUAUAUAUAAAAGAGUGAUGGCAUCACGGCAGCGGACAAAACAACAAAACUAAACACCCCACAACCUCGAAAAUUGACAUCACAACCCCUCAUCCAUGCCUCUAGGUUGAUACAACAAAAAGAAAAGAAAAAUGAAGUCCUAAUUAGAAGGAGAAGAAUAAUUGUUUUUAUCCAAUUGCUGCCAGUUAGAAGGCUAAGCUCCGCCCACUUGGUCUCCUAGCAACCCACUCAGCCCAGUGUUAAUAAAAUAAUGAUAAAAAAAUAAAUACAAAUAAUACAAUAAAAAUUAUAAAAAACACUAAAAUAAUUAAUACAAUAAAAUAGUAUAACAAAAUGACUAAAAAUAAUACAACAAAAUAAUAAAAUAUAAUAAAUAAAAAAGAUAAGUGACAAUAAAAUUAAUUUAAAAAAAUACAAAUAACGUCAAAUAAAAAUUCCACAACAAGUUUUAACCGAUACCACCACCACUUUGCCACAGCAACGCGUGGCCGGGCACAGCUAGUUACUAUAUAUAUUGCUGAGUAAUUAUUAUUAUCUAUAUAUAUAAAAGAGUCAUGGCAUCACGGCAGCGGACAAAACAACAAAAGUCCUCUCAUCCAUGCCUCUAGGUUGAUAUAACAAAAAGAAAAGAAAAAUAAAGUCCUAAUCAGAGGGAGAGGAAUCAUUGCUUUUAUCCCAUUGCUGCCAGUUAGAAGGCUAAGCUCCGCCCACUGGGUCUCCUAGCAACCCAAUAAAAAAUAAUAAAAAAACACUAAAAAAUUAAUACACUAAAAUACUUUGGGGGGGGUUCUCUUCCAAGUCUAGGAUUCUAUUAUUAUUGAUUAUUUCUAUUAUUAUUGAUUAUGAUUCAUUCAUUCAUUCAUUGAUUGUUUUAUGGCUGAAUGGGAGGGUUGGACUGGAUGGCCUUUGGUGGAGUCCCUUCCAAGUCUAGGAUUCUAUUAUUAUUGAUUAUUGAUUAUUAUUGAUUGAUUUAUUGUGCCUUCUAUCCUAUCCGAAGCAUUCAUUCAUUGUGUCUUUAUGGUUGAUUGGAGUUGGAUGGCCUUUGGUGGAAUCCCUUCCAAGUCUGAGACUCUAUUAUUAUUGAUUAUUGAUAAUUAUUAUUAUUAUUGAUUAUUAUUAUUAUUGAUUGAUUCAUUGUGCCUUCUAUCCUAUCCGAAGCAUUCAUUCAUUGUGUCUUUAUGGUUGAUUGGAUGGCCUUUGGUGGAGUCCCUUCCAAGUCUAGGAUUCUAUUAUUAUUGAUCGUUGAUUAUUAUUAUUUCUAUUAUUAUUGAUUAUUUCUAUUAUUAUUGAUUAUGAUUGAUUCAUUCAUUGAUUCAUUCAUUGAUUGUUUUAUGGCUGAAUGGGAGGGUUGGACUGGAUGGCCUUUGGUGGAGUCCCUUCCAAGUCUAGGAUUCUAUUAUUAUUGAUUAUUGAUUAUUAUUGAUUGAUUUAUUGUGCCUUCUAUCAUAUCUGAAGCAUUCAUUCAUUGUGUCUUUAUGGUUGAUUGGAGUUGGAUGGCCUUUGGUGGAGUCCCUUUCAAGUCUAGGAUUAUAUUAUUAUUGAUUGUUGAUUAUUAUUUUUUCUAUUAUUAUUGAUUAUUAUUAUUAUUAUUGAUUGAUUCAUUGUGCCUUCUAUCCUAUCCGAAGCAUUCAUUCAUUGUGUCUUCAUGGUUGAUUGGAGUUGGAUGGCCUUUGGUGGAGUCCCUUCCAAGUCUGAGACUCUAUUAUUAUUGAUUAUUGAUUAUUAUUGAUUGAUUCAUUGUGCCUUCUAUCCUAUCUGAAGCAUUUAUUCAUUGUGUCUUUCUGGUUGAACAUAGAGUUGGACUGCAUGGCCUUUGGGGUUCUCUCCCAAGUCUAGUAUUCUAUUAUUAUUGAUUAUUGAUUAUUAUUAUUAUUUAUAAUUAUUAUUGAUUGACUCAUUGUGCCUUCUAUCCUAUCCAAAGCAUGCAUUCAUUGUGUCUUUAUGGUUGAUUGGAGUUGGAUGGCCUUUGGUGGAAUCCCUUCCAAGUCUGAGACUCUAUUAUUAUUGAUUAUUGAUAAUUAUUAUUAUUAUUGAUUAUUAUUAUUAUUGAUUGAUUCAUUGUGCCUUCUAUCCUAUCUGAAGCAUUCAUUCAUUGUGUCUUUCUGGUUGAACAUAGAGUUGGACUGCAUGGCCUUUGGGGUUCUCUCCCAAGUCUAGUAUUCUAUUAUUAUUGAUUAUUGAUUAUUAUUAUUAUUAUUGAUUAGUAUUAUUGAUUGACUCAUUGUGCCUUCUAUCCUAUCCGAAGCAGUCAUUCAUUGUUUCUUAAUGGUUGAUUGGAGUUGGAUGGCCUUUGGUGGAGUCCCUUCCAAGUCUGGGAUUCUAUUAUUAUUGAUUAUUAUUGAUUAUUGAUUCCGAUGGAUUGAUUCCUUCCUUCCCGGCUUGACCUGGGUGACCUUUGGCCUCCUUUUUUGGGGCUCUGCGGGGAAGCUAUUCCUGUGUUGGCCUGUGGGAAAAGGAGGAAUGAAGGAAGGAAGGGAAGGAUGAAAGGAGGAGGAGGAGGAGAGUGGGGAGUGGCUGUGCGUGCGUGUGCUAUAAAGGCCCCUGGUCCCAGGCUCUCGUCCGUCCGUCCACAAAGGCAGAGGCAGCUGCAGCCAUGCAAGGGGUGUGGGCGGCCUGGCUGUUGUGUCCUCUCUUCGUCCUCUCUUCCUCUUCCUCUUCCCCUUCCUCUCGUGGGGGGAAGAAGGGGGCUUCGUGGGAGGAGGUGAACGUGCUGGCCCACGGGCUGCUCCAGCUGGGACGGGGGCUCCGCGAACACGUGGAGCGCACGCGCGGACACCUCCAGGACCUCACCCAGCGCCUCCACGCCCUCCGGGAGGAACAGAACGUGGUGAGUGUCCAGAGUGCGAGGAUCGAGGAGCUCUCUCAGAAGCUGAAGCAGCAGCAGUACCGCAUGGACAAGCAGAACCUCCAGAUCAAGAGCCUCCAGAGCAAGGUCAACCUGCUCCUUCCCUUCCACCUCAAGGCCGGACACGUUGUUGACGUUGUGGAAGGUGGUAAACGGGACAGCGGCCGGAAUCACCCUGCCAACCACAGCCGAGAAGGAGAAGGAACCACGACAACAACAGACAAAGCUUCUGAAGCUUCUGGCCUGCCUUCCGGAUGCCACCGGAUCUCCCUGGACAACGGCGGGAAGAACAGCGGGGUCUUCCGCAUCCAGCCCCCCGGCUCUUCACCCUUCGACGUCUUCUGCGAACUCACCCCAGGGGACGGAGGCUGGACGGUGAUCCAGCGGCGCCUGGACGGCUCGGUGGACUUUGACCGCCUCUGGGACGAAUACCGGGACGGCUUUGGGAACCUGACGGGGGAGUUCUGGCUGGGCCUGGAGCCUGUCCGUCAUGCCUUGGGGGGCGGGGCCUUCCGCCUGGAGGUGGAGCUGUGGGACUGGGAGGGGGGCUCCCACCGGGAGGAGCUCCUGGCCGCCCCCCUGCCACCCGAGGAACACGCCUACGCCCUCCGACACCUGCCACCCACCACCACGGACACCACCGCCAGCGCCCCACGGCCCUUCUCCACCCGCGACCGCGACCACGACCUCCGCCCCGACGCCAACUGCGCCAAGCACCUCUCCGGCGGCUGGUGGUUUGGGGCGUGUGGGCAGGCCAACCUGAACGGGCGCUACUUCCGCUCGCUGCCCCGCCAGCGGCACGAGAGGAAGCAGGGCAUCUUCUGGAAGACGUGGAAGGGCCGCUACUACCCCCUGCGCGCCACCACCAUCCGGGUCCGGCCGGUGGAAGAAGAGCCCUUGGCGCCCUGAGCAGGACGGACAAAGUCGGGAAUCCAAAGACAACCCAGAGGGAGCUCCACUCUUCUCUCCUCCCUCCCAAGGACUUCAGGGAGUUUAAAAACGAUGAAAUGCAACUCUCUGGAGCUCCACUCGUCUCUCUCCGAAGGAACCUAAGGCGGUUUGCAAAACCUGGCACAGAAGGAGGGACUAUCCCAGUCCCACAGGGCCCCCAUUCCAGGUUUUACAAGCAUGGAUAGUAGGCAUGUCCGAUCGAUGAAAAAAAAACAACGUUUCAAUUCUCGGUUCUAUUUCUUCGAUAUAGAAAGUAUUUCCGAUUUUUUUCACCCAAGAAUUUCGGAUAUUUCCCAAAAUUCGUAUAUUAAAAAAAAAAAUUUUUUUUGGGGGGGGGGGAAUUAACGAAACAUGAAGAGACAAUUAGAGAAUGGGCCAACAAUGGUUCGAAUGACAUUGCCGGUUGCGGUCUCGGAAUGCGUAUCAAAAAAGCGAGAACAAUCCGAAAUAAUUCCGAUAUACGAUUCAAAACGAUUUUUUGGACAUGUCUAAUGCGUAUCAAAAAGCGAGAACAAUCCGAAAUAAUUCCGAUAUACGAUUCAAAACGAUUUUUUGGACAUGUCUAAUGCGUAUCAAAAAGCGAGAACAAUCCGAAAUAAUUCCGAUAUACGAUUCAAAACGAUUUUUUGGACAUGUCUAAUGCGUAUCAAAAAGCGAGAACAAUCCGAAAUAAUUCCGAUAUACGAUUCAAAACGAUUUUUUGGACAUGUCUAAUGGAUAGAUAGAUCGAUAGGUUUUUUUUUCUCGCUUCCUCAUCUGUGUGUGUGUGUGUGUGUGUGUUUUUCGGUCAUAUUGACUUACUUGUUUUGUUUUUGUACAUAAUGGUCGUGCUGUUUUUUUUUUAAGAGUUGUUUUUAUUCCGUCUCGGGAAACAAUGCUGAAUAUUGUGGUUGUCGUAACUUAUACAAAAAUAAAUAAAUAAGGUUGCCUUCUG